AUGUAUAUUAAACAGGUUAUUAUUCAAGGAUUUCGUAGCUAUCGUGAUCAGACUAUUAUUGAACCAUUUAGCUCAAAGAACAAUGUGAUAGCUAUUCAAUUUGUUUUAAGCGAUGAAUUUAGUCACUUAAGACCGGAACAAAGACAACAGUUACUACAUGAGGGCACAGGUCCUCGGGUUGUAUCGGCUUUCGUUGAAAUUGUCUUUGACAAUUCCGAUGGUAGAAUUCCGAUUGAAAACGAUGAAGUCAGAAUUCGACGCGUUAUUGGAGCUAAAAAAGAUCAAUAUUAUCUAGAAAAAAAGAAUGUUACUAAAACUGACGUGAUGAAUUUGCUGGAAAGUGCUGGUUUUUCGCGCAGUAAUCCAUACUACAUAGUCAAACAGGGAAAGAUAAACGAACUUGCAAUCGCCCCAGACUCACAACGUUUGAAACUUCUUCGUGAAGUUGCUGGAACUCGUGUAUACGACGAGCGCAGAGAAGAAAGCAAAAUCAUCCUUCAAGAAACUGAGGGUAAAAGAGAGAAAAUUAAUGAACUUUUACAAGAUAUUGAACAGAGAUUACAUACCUUAGAAGAAGAAACCAAGGAACUGAAAGAAUUCCAAGAACUUGAUCGCACUAAGCGGUCGUUGGAAUAUACAAUCUAUGAUAAAGGCCUACGAGAAGCUCAGAGUAAGAUAAAACAUCUGGAAGUAAAACAUCAAGAGUUUGCAGACACUGCAAAUACUCAAAAAGCUAGCAUGGCAAAACUAGCAAAUAAGAUUGAGGAAUAUGAAGCGGAAGUACAAUCCACUACGCAAAAAAAGGAAAUUUUAGUAAAUGAACAGCAAGACUUAUAUGAAGAGAGACAAGAAUUAAUCAAGAAAAGAACAAAUCUGGAACUCGAUGUAAGCGAUUUGACGGACAGUGUUCAAAAUGACCGUUCUGUUCAAGAGAGCAGCAAGAGCGAAUUGCAACAGCUGCAGUUAACAAUCACAAAUACUGAGACAGAAUUAAACAAGUUGGUACCAACUUAUGAAAGUCACAGGGAAAAUGAACAGAAACUUACAUCCAGGCUAAGGAUGUGUGAACAGCUUCUGUCACAGAUAUACGCGAAGCAAGGUAGAGGUACUGCGUAUAAAUCGAAAGAAGAAAGAGAUGCAUGGAUUAGCAGGGAAAUGAAGCAACUGCAAAAAUCUCUUACUGACAAGAAGUCCGAGAUGGCUGCAGCUUUAGAUAUUGUGCAGAAGGCACAAAAUUCUUUAGCUGGUAUUGAAGCUGAAGUGGAGGGUUGUAUCAAUGUACGGCUUUUCCAUGUCAUUGUUGACACAGAUCGCACGGCUGCACAAAUUUUAAAUCAUUUUAAUCAUAUGAAACUACCAGGAGAAAUUUCGUUCAUGCCUUUAAAUAAGCUUAUUUCCAAAGACAUCCAAUACCCUGAUUCUACGGAUGCGGUUCCGAUUAUACAUAGGUUGGAAUGUGAAGAUAAAUUUAAACCUGCGCUAAAGCAAGUUUUCGAUAAAACCCUUUUAUGUCGUAAUAUCGAAUACGCUUCAAAAAUUGCCAAGGAGAAUGACUUGGAUUGCGUAACGUUAGAAGGGGAUCAAAUUAGUCGAAGAGGUGCUCUGACUGGUGGAUAUCACGACGAACGAAUCUCUAGAUUAACUCUACAACACAAGAUUUGGCAGCUACAAGACGAUCUUGACAAGCAAACAUACGAACGUCAACGGCUAGAUAUUCGUGCAAAUCAAACGAAACGCGAAUCGUAUUAUCAGGAUAUCAAGUCCAAGAAGGAUAAAGUUAAGGUAUUGGAAACGGAUAUCCAGGAAAUUAGUACGAACCUGCGAUCUUUACAAUCAGAAAUUGGUACUGAUCUUGCUUCUCAGUUAUCCGAUAAUGAUCGACAGGAGGCUGAAAAAUUAAAUAACGAAGUACAAGAGUUGAAACGCCGACUGAUUGAUGCUGUUAGAAACCGUACUUCGCUUGAAAGCAAGAAAAAUGAAUUAGAUUAUUUGCUCCACAGUAAUUUAAUAAGAAGACAACGUGAACUUCAGCAGCAAAUGGAAGAGAUUACGAUUGAAGACCAUGAAAUGCAGCUGGACCAUGUUGAAAAGGAGCUGUCCCGUGUGAAACAAAAUAUUGCGAAAGCUUCGAAAAGGCUAGAAGAGCUGUCAUCUCUAAUCGAAACUAAUACGAAGCAUUUGGAGGAUACUGCAAAUGAGCUGGACGAUCUUAAGAAAUCUGAUAGGAUAGAAAAAGAAAGAUUUGAGGGAAUAUCUAAGAAAGCUGAAAAGUGGACAAACAAGAGUAUCAGCCUACAAAGAGAUGUUGAAGAAUAUUCACAAAAAAUUAGCGCAUUAGGAGUCUUGCCUGCUGAUGCUUUUGAUAAAUAUCAAGAAGUUCCAAUGAAGAUUUUAUGGAAGAAAUUAAGUGAAUGCAAUGAUGGCUUGAAGAAAUACGAACACGUUAAUAAAAAAGCUUUGGACCAAUAUGUAAACUUUUCUCAGGAAAAAGAGAAGUUGAUGAAGCGCAAAGAUGAAUUAGACAAAGGUCAUGAGGCUAUUAUUGAACUUAUGGAAGUACUUGAACUGCGUAAGCACGAAACUAUACAAUUCACAUUUAAGCAGGUUUCACAUUAUUUCUCUGAAGUUUUCAAGGAACUUGUACCAAAUGGUAAAGCAAACCUUCUUAUUCGACGAAAUAUCGGCACUGACUCGGAAUCUCAAUCUCAGUCUCAAACUAGCUCUGGAAGUCAAUCUAUAGAGCAUUUCACCGGAGUCGGAAUAGAGGUCAGUUUCACAGGACUUGCUGCCGAAACUUGUGAAAUGCAACAGUUAUCAGGUGGCCAAAAAUCAUUAGUCGCACUCGCUAUGAUCUUCGCUAUCCAAAAAUGUGAUCCAGCUCCGUUUUAUUUGUUCGAUGAGAUUGACCAAGCUCUAGACUCACAGCAUCGGACUGCAGUAGCAAAUAUGCUCAGAAAGCUAGCCGAAAAAGCUCAAUUUAUUACAACGACUUUUAGGCCAGAAUUAGUGCAAUCGGCUGAUAAAUUCUAUGGAGUUCGAUUCCGUAAUAAAGUUAGUCAUAUCGAUGCGAUUUCAAAGGAAGAAGCGCUGCAAUUCAUUGUUGGCGACGACGACUAA